AUGCUCUUACUUUUAUUUAUUGGAUUCUCGAUUUCGUGGACCCCAUCUUUUCAUCAAGCAUUCGCAUCAUACUAUGCUAAAUCACAUUAUCCGAAUUUAACGAAAUCUCAAUAUGAAAGUUUCAUUCUUGGAGCAAUGUACGCGGAUGGUGUAAAUAAAACAAUAUCUCAUAAGGUAAUACCUAUGGUUAAAAAGAUUAAUUCUGUCACAAAUCAAAGCAGCGAUUUAUAUUGGUUUUUGCUUGGCAUUUUCAAUCAUAUUGCUAUUGAUACAUUUGCACACGCUGGAUUAGAAAACUCAUUUAUUGUACCAAAAGGCUUAAAGCAUCACUUAUCAGAAAUUGCAACUUGUUCUUGGGCACAACACCAUAUGAAAACAAGAUAUUUCACUAUACCAAGCGAUCUUAAAGACCAAGUAUCCGAAAUUGGUAUUAGUUUUAAGAGUAAUUUCAGAUAUUUGUAUCCGAUUUGUUACUUUUUUGCAAAAUUUAUUCCUGCUCAUUGGCUUUUCCCAUUUAUUCAUAAGAGUCCAUGCAACAUCAAGUCUUAUAAAGAAGCAGAUUGCAUGUUUCGGAGACAUCUUGAUGCAAUGGUGAAAGCAGCUGAGAAAAUCAUGGCUUUAUCGCAUGAUUCUACUUUAACACAGUUUGGAGUUAAGACAAUUGUUUAUGGUUAUUUGAAUAAUAUUCAAUGUUGUUCAAAAUCAGAUGUUUUGGCUGAAAUUAAUGCUACCUUUGCAAUUCACAAUUCCAGAUCUGAGCAAUUAUUAGAUGAUCGCCGUGUUUCUUUAUAA